GAAUUGUCAAUCACAAAGCUAACGUUGCUGUGCAUGGUCUGGGAUCUACUGUCAACAGUCACCGCGGACUGUUAUAGCUCUAUCUAGACAGGAUUUAAAUCAAAACAGGGUUUCUGUUGCUUCUGUUGGUGCCUCGGAUGUCCAAACACAAACUUUUUCUGCUAAGGCAUGGAGAAGGUGCCUGGAACAAGGAGAACCGCUUCUGCAGCUGGGUAGACCAAAAGCUGAGUGAAAAUGGGGUGAAAGAGGCCCAGGAUUGUGGCACGUUGCUAAAAGAGCAGGGUCACAAAUUUGACCUGGUGUUCACAUCCAUACUCAGCCGCUCCAUUCAAACGGCAUGGCUGGUGCUGGAGGCCAUGGGCCAGGAGUGGGUGCCCGUCGUCAAGUCUUGGAGACUUAACGAGCGCCACUAUGGAACGCUGAUUGGCCUGAAUCGGGCCGAAAUGGCCGCAAAACAUGGAGAGGAAAAGGUGAAGGUGUGGAGACGAAGCUUUGACGUGAGUCCGCCUCCAAUUGACGAGUCCCAUCCUUACUUCCACGAGAUCUACAACGAUCGCAGGUACACCACCUGUGAUGUACCAAAGGAGAGUCUGCCCAGAGCGGAGAGCCUGAAGGAGGUCUUAGACAGGCUGCUGCCAUACUGGGACAACACUGUGGUGCCGGAGAUAAAGAAAGGCAGGACUGUGCUUAUAUCUGCUCACGGAAACAGCUGCAGAGCUCUGCUGAAACACCUUGAAGGAAUAUCCGACAAGGAUAUAGCCAAUGUCACUUUACCGACAGGGAUACCUGUGCUGCUCGAGCUGGAUGAAAACCUCAAGCCGGUGGAACCACGAAAGCUGUUAGGAGAUCAGGCGAAGAUUCAGGCAGCCAUCAAAAAGGUGGAGGACCAGGGAAAGGCUUUACCUUCAACUUGAAAUGAAAUAAUGGCCAUGGGGCCAAGUAAAGUUCUGGUCCAAUCUCUACUAAUAUAUACUAAAAAUAUAACUUCAAUAUUUUCUGGGAGGAUACACCAACAAUAACAGGUAAAUACUAAUGUGAAUAAUGGAGUGUGCAAUAGGACAGUACUUAAAAAGUAGUGGUCCAAGUGGGGGGGUGCAAAGCAUGUACACGUGUACAAAUAGGAAUAAAAGUCAAUUAUUUUGUAAGUUGAAGCACGACUUUAAGUGGGUAUGACGGGCAUUUUGAGGUCGAGUGUUUGAUCCAUCCCUUAUUAUAAUAUAAACAGUCAACCUGGUUGGCAGAAAUCCCCUCAACACACUGAGUCGCAGCUUGCACCUCAUUGAUCCUCAUUAUUUAAUUUAGUAGAGUCCUGAAGAUACAACAAUAAAUUAGUUCAAUAUAUAUUUGAAUUUGCAGCUGUCCGUAGCAUUUUCGUUUGUUGGCUUCAGAUAGAGCCUAACUCUGUUCACUGGUUUACAAAUGAUGAAUCGUGAUUUACAUUUAUGACCGGGCUCCACUGAGCAGUUACUGUAAUAGUUACCUGAAUGUAGGACGUUUCAGAUCAGACUGGUUGUACCGGGUGAGGAUGGCCAGUCAGGUCUGCAUAUUAUGUGUAAACACUUGGGCUUUGGCUUUAUUUUUAAGAGUUUUUUUUUAGAGGUUUUUACUGUAGUUUGGUCAGUCAAAAAAGUAACUCAAUUUCACAUUUUACGAUUAAAUUGGUUAGUUUUUUUAAAAAAGUUGUUUUAAUAUCUUGAAAAAAGUAAAAAAAAAACACCCAAACGUAAGCACUGAUCAUUGAGUGACUAAUAACGUAUUGCAAGUCAGAGAAAGG